CUUUUCUUUUUGGUGGUUUCCUGAACUCAAUAUUUUGAGUUAAAUCAUUCCAAGAUAUCCCAGACACAGAUCAGUUGUAACCACCCUUGGGUGCUUUGUCAUGUUGCAUUUUGAGCAGAGCCCUCUUUCCUCACACUAACAGGGGGAUCUGGGGGCUGGUCCCCCCUGUCCCUCCUCCCCACUCUCCCCAUGUCACUGCAGGCAGAGGAGGACACUGAGCCGAGAUGUGAGUACUGCGGCAGCCUCCUGAGGCCGUUCCCUUUCCCCGAGGAUGUCCCUUUCCUUGAGGAUGUCCCUGUCCUUGAGGAUGUCCCUUCCCGGGAGGAUGUCCCUUUCUCCAAGGACAUGGAAUACGUAAGCUGGGGGAAGGACGAACAGGGAUUUGCUGUGGAACAGCUGCACUCAAGGCUCCGCUCUUCCACCUUGCAGAGAUUCUGCUGCAAGCGCCACCAAGACCUCUACAAGUUCAUCCUGGAGGAGAGGAAGAGGCUCAAGGAUGCCUGCAGCAUUCCCAGAGCUGUCAGCACCCAUGAAUACCAGGGCUCCGAAGCCCAUCAGCUGCAGUCAAAGGAGCAAGAGAACCAGAGGCACCACAAGUUCGGAUUCUCUCCAGUCCCCCCUGACUCCUCUGUCGCCGGACUGCACAAGGAGGAGACAAGGCAGCAGGAGAGCCACCUGUUUAGAGGGUCACCUGUCCUGUCUUUGGAGCCGACUGCCACUGAAGGUUCACAGGAGGCUGGAACCACAUCGCCCAAGGGCGAGAUGCCGAUGCCUGCUGGAAGUGUAGCCCAGACUGAGGAGGAGCCCGAGCCCAGGCCUGAGGCUGAGCCCGAGCCCAAGCCUGAGGCUGAGCCUGAGCCCAAGGCUGAGGAGGAGCCCCAGCCCAAGCACAAGGAGGAGCCUGAGGAAGAGCACAAGCCUGAGGCUGAGCCCAAGCCCGAGGCUGAGCCCAAGCCCGAAGCUGAGCCCAAGCCCGAGGCUGAGCCCAAGCCCGAGGCUGAGCCCAAAGAGGAAUCUGAGACCAAGAAGGAGCCUGAGGAAGAGCACAAGCCUGAACCCAAGAAGGAGCCUAGGCCCAGGCCUGGGCCCAAGCUUGGGCCUGAGCCUGAGUCUGAGCCCAAGAAGGAGACCACAUCCAAGCCCAAGGAGGAGCCUGGGCCCGAGCUUGGGCCUGAGCCUGAGAAGGAGCCCAAGCCUGAGCUCAAGCCCGAGAAGGAGCCCAAGCCUGAGCUCGAGCCUGAGAAGGAGCCCAAGCCUGAGCUUGAGACCGAGAAGGAGCCCAAGCCUGAGCUUGAGGAGCAGCCUAAACCCGACCUCGAGGAGCAGCUCCAACUUGAGCUCAUGGAGGAGCAGCCCAAGCUCGAGCUCAUGGAGGAGCCCAUGUCCUGCCGUGUCACCAGCUCUGGUUUCAGGCCCCUGGGGAGGAAGAUGGGGAAGAGUAAAUUGGUGCAAAAGUACUACAAACAUGGAAGGAAAUUCCUUACCCUGCUCCCAGAUGGAACCUCGCAGUUAUUCUAUCCAUCUGGAAACCUGGCCAUCAUGGUUACACGAGAGGGAGACCAGAUGAUUUGCACAGUACAGGAAGAUGAGCCGAGGACUGCCAAAAUCCGCGCGCUGUUCCAGUCCGACGGCAGGAGCACGUGCUAUUACCCCAACGGAGAUGAGUGGAUAAACAUGAGUAUCCAGGGAGGGCAGUAUUUGGACCAAGCAGGCAGCAGGGUGAAAAGGUGGACGUGGCCAAACAUGUCACCAGGACCCCACGUCCCACUGAGCCCCAUCUUCAUCUCCCUGAACCGGCACGUGGGGGUCAGGAUUCUGGCCCAGGACAAGAUCAUCAUCUCCUUCCUCGCCAUGGGGCGACAGGCAAAGUUCAACAUGGGAACCAAAGUGCAGGUCGGUGCUGCCGGGGGGCCGCCUGCCCCGGCCCGGCUGGGCAGGGACGAGCUCCUGCUGCAUGCCUUCCGGGUCAGGAUCCUGCAGCUCUUCAACAGCAUGCGGGGAUGCAUCAGCUUUCCUUCCAGUGAGCAGUGGAACAAAAUGCAGCCUCCCGUGUACGUCCUGAGCCAGGCUGCGAAGAUCCUGGAGCUCUGCACUGCCGCCGACAUCAGCGAGGAGCUGCGCAGCUCCAUCCGGGCCAUAGUAAAUGCACAGCUCUGAGCAGCACAUGUGUGGUGUGAGGCAGAGACACUCCCCAGCCACGGUACCUGCACACGCUCAGGAGGGCUCCCCUCGGCCCUGCCCUGCUGUGGAGCAAAGGGCAGCCCGGGGCUCAUCCCCACAGCCCCUCGGGGGUCUCGCUCAGGGCAGGCAGCACCUUGGCAAUGGAGGCACGAGGGGGCUUUGCUCAGAUCACCACACAGGCACCACUUUGCUGCUCCUGAUGAGGCGGCACCAGCAGGAUGCCCAGGUGUCCCUGGCACCAGUGCUGCUGGCAGCUCAGCUGCCGGUACAAGACAAGGUGGUUCCCUGUGCAGAGAGAGACAAAUGACCACAGAGUACCCAAGGCAAUCACCUACACUCGCCCCAGGGAGCACCAGCUGCAGCCCGGGAUGAGCUCUGGUUAAAGCACUGCAAAGACCAAGCCCUCAGCAGGCAUUUAGAGGCCCCUGGGCCACAGGGGCUGCAGCUGGCAGCCCCUCAGAGCUGCCUGGGGUUCACCUGGCCAUCUUCCCCCAGGGUGGCCACACCCAAAGAACAAGGCCAAGCCCCACGUGCCCCUCCCAGAACGCUGAGGUUCUCGGGGGGCUUACACACGACAGACACAAGCUCAGUGAC